AGUUUUGCUAACAAAAUUCAUGACCAACAACUCAACUGCCUACGAUGAGUACCAUUGCUUGAAAGACUUAAAUAGUUUUGCAAUAUUCUACAAUUGUUAUUUGCAACAAGCCAUUGAUGAGUUGAAGAAAGAUUACCCAAACAUUACACUGAUUUAUGGUGACUACUACAACGCCUUUUUGUGGCUUCUACAAAAUCCAGUCAGUCUUGGAUUUGACAAUAACUCUUUACAAAAAGCAUGUUGUGGAAUAGGAGGAGAAUAUAAUUAUGACGUACAGAGACGAUGCGGUGAUCCAGGAGUUCCAGUGUGUAUUGACCCGAGUACUCACAUCAGUUGGGAUGGAAUUCAUUUGACACAAAAUGCAUACAGUUGGAUAACAAGAUGGCUAAUUGAUGAUAUGUUGCCCAAAUUGGACUGCCAACUUUAACUUCUUACUCUUAAUUUCUUGCAUCAAUCCGAAUGCACACUCAAAAUGGGUGCUCGUUCUUUCUAGAAUUGUUUCUUAAAGUAAAAAACACAGUAACUUGAGGGACGAACAUAAUAACAAAACUUUUACUUUCAUUCAAA